AUGUCGUUUUACGGAGGUCUGGACCGGACUAACCUGGCUUAUACCAACCUAGUGACAACUAUAUACCAACACUCCCAGUACAACAUACCGGCCAAAUCGCAUGACUACGACUACACUGUACUCCGACUCCAGGAUAAGAUCCAGACGGCAGCCAAUGUCAAGACCAUUGAGUUGAUCGACGCGUCACCGGCGGCCGGAUCUAAGGCUCAGUUGACUGGUUGGGGGCUGACUGUCGGCAACAACCAGAACUCAUCGCCCGCUAAACUACAGUACGCGGAGUUCAGUAUAAUUACUCGCGAGGAAUGCCAACGAAGAAGUAAUAAUGUCUUCACAGAACCGCCGACAAUCACCACAAGAAUGGUUUGCGCCGAGAAUAAGGCCGCUUCCGGUUGUAAUGGUGAUUCCGGUGGACCCCUAGUAGUCGGUGGCAAACUGGCGGGCAUAGUCUCGUGGGGCGCCGGCGGUUGUCCCACUGACACCACAAUAUACCCCACAGCCUAUGCAGAUGUGGGCACUCUGAGGACAUGGCUGCUGUCAAAUAUAGUCUAAAUCGGAUGCAAAUGGAAAUCAACGGCUUAUUAACGGACCAUUCAAUUGAAACAAUCGCUUAUUAAUUAAUAACUUUAUUUAUGA